UCCUCACUCAGAAACUGUAAUUAGUUUCUUCGUGUACCUAUUUACUCACUCACUCACUACUAUUUGAGUUUGGUUUUUAGUCACUUUGGCUCUGUCCCUCCCAUUUUGAAAACCCAAGAGAGAUAGAAAAGCCACAUUACCCAAAAAACACACAGAGUGCUCUUUACGAGAGUAUCUCUUCAGUCUUCACACCUCACUCUCUCCCUGCCACUUUCUCUCCUCCAAGAACCACACCACCACCAUUAACAUUUCCAUCAUCUCAUUCAUUCACUAUCCAUAACACAUACACCAACAUGUGCAUAUCAAAAACAGAGGACUUAAGGUUUCUGUCUGGCACUGAAAAGACAUGUUCAUCUUCAUGUUCAGCCAUUGUGUCAGAGGUGAAAUCCCUCAUGGUGCUAGCUUUCCCUAUAGCACUAACCGCUCUCAUUUAUUACUCCCGCUCCAUCGUCUCCGUCCUCUUCCUCGGCCACCUCGGUGACCUCGAACUCGCCGCCGGCUCCCUCGCCAUGGCCUUUGCCAACAUCACCGGCUACUCAGUCCUCUCCGGCCUCUCCCUCGGCAUGGAACCCCUCUGCUCUCAAGCCUUCGGAGCAAAUCGCCCCAAGCUUCUCUCAUUGACCCUGCAUCGCUGCGUUCUGUUCCUGUUAGCAUGCUCUGUUCCCAUCUCGUUCCUCUGGCUCAACAUGAAAAAGAUAAUGUUCUUACUGCACCAGCAACCUCAAAUCAUAACAAUGGCACAAACUUACCUCAUUUUCUCCCUCCCUGACCUCAUCACAAACUCGUUCCUCCACCCAAUUCGCAUUUACCUCCGAUCACAGGGCAUCACCCGACCCGUCACAAUAGCAUCCCUCGCCGCCACUCUUCUGCAUUUCCCCUUCAACUACCUCCUCGUGACCCGGCGAGGCUUCGGAGUCGCCGGCGUCGCCGCCGCAUCCGCCGCCUCAAACUUCUCCGUCGUCCUCUUCCUCUUCGUGUACAUGCAAGUCACCGAGAACAACCUUACCUAUUGGAGCAGGGACUGCCUCUCCGGCUGGAAGCCACUGCUCCGCCUCGCCGCGCCGAGCUGCGUCUCUGUUUGCUUAGAAUGGUGGUGGUACGAGAUCAUGAUCGUGUUCUCCGGCCUCCUGGUGGACCCCACCGCAACCGUCGCUUCCAUGGGGAUCCUCAUCCAAACCACCUCGUUCAUCUACGUCUUCCCUUCCUCUCUCGGGUUCGCAGUCUCAACCCGGGUCGGGAACGAGCUCGGGGCGAACCGGCCUUUUAAAGCCAAGCUCUCCGCCGUCGUUGCCGUUUUUUUCGCCGUCCUCAUGGGCUUCUCGGCGCUGGUGUUCGCCGCCGGGAUGAGACACCUCUGGGGGAAAAUGUUUACCGCCGACGAGGAUAUCUUACAGCUGACGGCGGCGGCACUGCCGAUUCUGGGGCUGUGCGAGCUCGGGAACUGCCCGCAGACGGUGGGGUGCGGGGUGGUUAGGGGGACGGCGCGGCCGAGCGUGGCGGCGAACGUGAACCUGAGCGCGUUUUAUCUGGUGGGGAUGCCGGUGGCGGUUGGUCUUGGGUUUUGGCUCGGUGUUGGGUUUCGUGGGCUUUGGUUGGGCCUGCUUUCGGCCCAGGUAUGCUGCGCGGGGCUGAUGUUGUAUGUGAUAGGGACCACUGAUUGGGAGUGUGAAGCCCAGCGGGCCCAGCUGCUGACAUUGGUUGAUUACACGGAUGAUGAUGAAUCGGACGGUGUUGAUUACAGAAAGAUCGACGACGUGGAAAAACUGCCGUUGACCGAUAUUCUUACGGUGAAUUGAUCCUCAUGCUGCUGAUAGUGUAAUGUGUUUUUUGUUUUGUAAUUUUCCAAAGAAAAAAGAAAGAAGGAAGUGAAUUGCGAGUAUUUUUUCCAACUCUUUUUGUUUUUGAACUAGAUAAAUAUACAGAAAAUUUCAAUUGUGAAUUUGAUCA